AUGGAGAGGGGAUCCGGCAAGGAGAUCGACUGGGAAUCCUGGGCGAUUAAGGACCGGAUGAAGGAGAUGGUAUCCGUGGGGAUGGAGCGCAAAGACGUGCUUGACUCACUUACUCCUAGCCUUUCUGGGUGGAGGCGGAUACACAAAGAGGAAAGCAGUAAAUCGUCUUGGAUGAUCACCGGAAAAGCGGCCAAGGAAACGGCGUCCGAACUGAUGGAAUCGAGCACAAUGGAGCUACCCGAGAAAGAACUCGACAACAUCUUGCAAGGUAUGGAGGAGUUGGGCCACCGGAUGUUGUCUAUGGCGUAUUUUCUGCGCAAAUCCGGUGCCCCCAGCGUCUCCUUUCACCAGGCCUCCGAGCUGCUUAGCACUACAUACAGAUUACAGCGGAACUCGGAGGAUUUCUACCAAGAUACCGAGGCUGCUGAGAGUAAGAGUGUGGAGAAUUUCGACCCAUAUAGCGAGGGCAGGAGUGUUGAGAGUGAGAGUGAGGUUGAGGGUGACGAUGACUGUGGUGAUGACGAUGAGGAGAUUGAGAGUGAGGUUGAGAGUGAUGAUGAUUGUUAUGAUGAUGACGAGGAGAUUCCCAGCGAAAUAUGCAGUCUCACCAAGUACUUGAGAUUUUGCUCUCGUUAUGAGAACAAGUUGGCGCUGAUUGAAAACGGAGAUGAAGAUAAAGAUGAAGAUGAGGAUGAGGAUGAGGAUGGGGAUGAAGAUGAGGAUGAUGAUGAGGAGGAGGAGGAUAGACCCACAUUGGAGUAUCUCGAAAAGGUGAUAGCUGAUGAACAGAAAAGUUUCGGCGAAGAAUAUGACUGCUGGGAACGUGUAUGGGGUAGCAAGAUUGGAGGGUGCGGUGGCUUGGAAGAUACAACUACAUUGAGCCCUAUGUUCUUUACCCACUGCACACCUCGUGCCAUCCCAUCCCCUGCUGCUAUUGCGGGGCGCACGUUGUUGAUCUAUUCCAUCAGGAUUUUGGAAAAGAAAGGAAAAACCUUGAAGUGGCCACUCAAAGUGUAUGGUGUGAUCGUUGCUCGAGACACGGUGGACCGCAACCGCAACAUUAUAUUCUCUCGAUCAAGGCAUAACUACCAAAAACUCGAUAAACAAGAUUCUUCUCUAUGCUUGACUGGACCAUCUCGUGCAAUUUUUGCUGUCGACACUGUUGACUUUGAAGUUGAACUCAAAAUAAAUGAGGGGGCCGAAGAAGAUACACCAUUGAUCAGUUCUUGCAACCACCUUUAUGACAGUGCAUAUUAUGAUUUAAAUGUCCGUCAACUGAGGCCCGCAACUGUUGAUAGCAUCUCUUCAAUAUUCAUCCGUGGCUGCUGGUGUGAUGCAGAAUUAACCUUUGCGCAGUUUGAUACAGCCGUCCAGGCCACCAUUGUGGGUGUUCACGUUGUUGAAGGGGGUUGGCCUUUCAAAUGUGGAUGCAAAGUUGCUUGCUCCUGGUCUGCUGCAACAAGGAAUAUCGGUCCCACUUCUAGGGAAGUUGUUUUGCUUGAUUAUCGUGGUGAAAAUAUGGAUGUAGGAUCAAAUGGUUACCUUCAUCUGUCGAGAAAUGUUGUUCCAGUGGAGUUACAAGGAACACUGAGGCUUGUCAUACAGGCUUACCCGGAAGCUGGUUGUAAACCUGUAGAGGGUCAUGUGGACUUCGGUGUCCAACAUUGCCAAACAAGCAACCUAUCAUGUGAAGUUGACAACUCUACGGUCGAGGUUACUGUUGCUUGGUCCCUCCUUGUAAAGGAAAAGUUGGAUCUGUUGGUGGAGGGCUAUGCCGCAGGGCGGGAUUGAAAAAAUUGAGUGUAUUGAUCCAACUAUUUGUGUACUGACUAUAAUAGGACUUGUUAUGCUAGUGGUUUGUCAAAAUCAAAUUCUGCGUAUAUCAACCUGCUUGCACUCGAGUGUUUGAUUUGCAUCGUUA